UGAUGCGCCAUCGCAAAAUGGCGUGGAAUUCAAAAUGGCGUUCAGCCGUUUUCAUCUGUCUCCUACUCCACGUGUACUGGGCGUCGCCAUCACAAGAGAUUAUGAAAAAUUUGACCGCUGGCUUCGGGAAAGCGUUAGAAACUUGUAAACAAGAAUUGAAUCUUGGCGACCACAUAAUACAAGACUUCUACAACUACUGGAAGGAGGAGUACGACCUGGUGAACGCAGACACUGGCUGCGCCAUCAUGUGCAUGGCAUCCAAACUGGACCUCAUUACCGACGACAGGAAGCUGCAUCACGGAAACGCUCAUGAAUUUGCUAAGAGCCAUGGUGCUGAUGAUGAUAUGGCUAAGCAGCUGGUUGUGAUGAUCCACGAAUGCGAGAAGACUCACGCUGAAGUUUCAGACGAUUGCGCAAGGACGCUAGAAAUCGCCAAAUGCUUCCGUACCAAGAUACACGUUCUAAAAUGGGCACCAUCGAUGGAGACUAUCAUUGAAGAACUGAUGACAGAAGUAUAAAGGCUACCGAUCUACUGGAGACUAUCUUGAAGGUCUAUUUUUCCUUAUCUUGUGGUCGUCCUCCAGUUGAACAGAAAACUUUCCCAAAUGACUCAAGCAUUGUCAUGGAUUUUGUCUUAAAAGCGCUUCUCCUCGCUACUUGUCAGCUAGCAUUAAGUUAUAUAUAAUCUCACAGUUUAUAUUCAAUGGUGUGGUAGCUUCACUAUGAUUUCAAGAAAUAUACGAUGACAGUCUU